AAUUACAUAAUAACAUUGUUAAUUUUACUGUGGUUGGCUAGGUUAAUUCAGAAUGUAUGCGUGUUAUCUGAACUCUGAAGUAUCCUAAACCGAUUACACUUGCAAAUCAAUACAAACAUCCAGUCUCCUAGUGCAUUAUUAAUUAAUCACCGCUGCUAAUAAAAUCCUCUCAUACUUCUGCAUUACUGCUCAUCUAUCUCAUCCAUUCAGUUCUCCUUCUUCCUGAUCAGAAACAUGGAUAUGCCUGUUAAGGACAUGCAAAUCCAAAAAGAUUAUAGCAGCAAAUACAUUGCUGGUAUCUUGGGUUUUUUAUUCAUUGGUUCAGCCUAUGUACUGCUCGUCUCCAACCCCGUAGGUGCCAGAUCCAAGCCAUUCUUUUCCUUCCAAGGUUCUCGCUGUAAUUGCCAAUCCUCAACCAUUAGCAAUAUGACUACCACUAGCCCUGUUACUAGCCACAGAGAUGCCCUUGAAUCAGGUUUGGCCGAGGCAUCAACAGCGAACAAGACUCUGAUAAUUGCAAUGGUGAAUAAGGCCUAUGUAGAGGGUGAUAAGCCAAUGUUAGAUAUGUUCUUGGACAGCUUCUGGCUCGGAGAAGAUACGAGAGAUUUGAUCAAUCACCUCCUGCUAGUUGCUGUUGACCAAACGGCUUACGAACGGUGCAAGUUUCUCCGGCUUCAUUGUUACAAACUCGAAACUGAUGGUGUGGCUUUUGAUGGUGAGAAAGUUUACAUGUCUGAUGAUUUUAUCAAGAUGAUGUGGAGGAGAACCCUGUUGCUUGGAGAUAUACUUAAGCGAGGCUAUAAUUUUAUCUUCACGGACACAGAUGUAAUGUGGCUAAGGAACCCGUUUCCAAAGCUAGUCCUAGAUGGAAGCGUAGAUUUUCAGAUCAGUACCGAUAAGUUCAACCGCGAUGAGUGGUCUGAAGCCAACCCAAUAAACACAGGAUUUUACAUGAUAAGGUCAAACAACAAGACAAUUGAAUUAUUUGACUCAUGGUAUGCAAGGAAAGACAGGUCAGUUGGGCAGAAAGAGCAAGAUGUUUUAGAUAGCAUGAUGCGUCAAGGUGUGUUUAGAAAUCUAGGACUUAGAGUGAGGUUCUUGGACACCCUCUAUUUUAGCGGUUUUUGCCAAGAUAGCGGGGACAUUAGAGCUGUUACUACUGUUCAUGCCAAUUGUUGCCGGACUAUAAGUGCCAAGAUUGCUGAUCUAACUGCCGUUCUUCGUCAAUGGAAGAGUUUCAAGAACUCACCUCCUGCCAAUGAGACAACAUAUGGAAUGUUGAACAAUCAUGUAGCAUGUAGGGAUUCGUGGAGAUAAAUAUGAUUGUUGGUGAGAUUAUAAUAUAAUGGAUAUUUAAAAUGUACACAAAUAGCAUAGAAAGGAAGGAAUUUGUAUGUAUUUAACUACACUGGGAAUAUAUUAAUUAAAUUAUGCAAUUUCCUACUAUACGCAUCCUUC